CCGGCGGGGUCCUGAGGGGGUUUGGAGGCUGGCCCGCCCCGCCCCCGGCCUGGGCGCGGAGCUUCCCUUCCGCGCCUCGGGUGUCGGCUUCCCUUUCUGCGCGGGGGCGAGUGCCGUUGUUUCUUUCUCUCAGCUGGAGCGUUCUGCUGUUGCAGCUGUCCAUGGCGAGCGUGGCGGUUCUGUGGAGCCGGGCCGUAGGGCUCUGCGUCGCAGUUCUUUUACUUGAUGUAGCUUUUUGUAAAGGAUUUGUGGAAGAUUUAGAUGAAUCGUUUAAAGACAAUCGAAAAGAUGACAUUUGGCUUGUAGAUUUUUAUGCCCCGUGGUGUGGCCAUUGUAAAAAAUUGGAACCAGUCUGGAAUGAAGUUGGUCUUGAGAUGAAAAGCAUUGGUUCUCCAGUGAAAGUUGGAAAGAUGGAUGCUACUUCCUAUUCCAGCAUUGCUUCAGAGUUUGGAGUUCGAGGUUAUCCAACAAUUAAGCUAUUAAAGGGGGACUUGGCGUAUAAUUACAGAGGACCGCGAACUAAAGAUGAUAUUAUUGAGUUUGCUCAUAGAGUAUCUGGGGCUUUAAUUCGGCCACUUCCAAGCCGGCAAAUGUUUGAACAUGUACGGAAGAGACACCGUGUAUUUUUUGUUUACAUAGGUGGAGAAUCACCGUUGAAAGAGAAAUACAUAGAUGCUGCUUCAGAAUUGAUUGUAUAUACAUACUUCUUUUCUGCCCUAGAAGAAGUCGUUCCUGAGUAUGUGACACUUAAAGAGAUGCCUGCUGUGCUUGUUUUCAAAGAUGAAACUUACUUUGUUUAUGAUGAAUAUGAAGAUGGUGAUCUCUCAGCAUGGAUCAGUAGGGAAAGGUUUCAGAAUUAUCUUACUAUGGAUGGCUUCCUCUUAUAUGAACUUGGAGACACAGGAAAGCUUGUGGCUAUCGCAGUUAUUGAUGAGAAAAAUACAUCCAUUGAACAUACCAGAUUAAAGUCAGUUAUUCAAGAAGUUGCUAAAGAUUACAAAGACCACUUCCACAGGGAUUUUCAAUUUGGGCAUAUGGAUGGAAACGACUACAUAAAUACCUUGCUGAUGGAUGAAUUGACAGUCCCAACUGUGGUUGUACUGAACACUUCAAACCAGCAAUAUUAUUUGUUAGACAGACAAAUUAAAAAUGCCAAAGACAUGGUCCAGUUCAUUAAUAACAUUUUGGAUGGCACAGUAGAAGCCCAAGGAGGUGAUAGUAUUUUUCAGAGAUUGAAAAGAAUUGUAUUUGAUGCUAAAUCUACUGUUGUGUCUAUAUUCAAGAGCUCACCGCUUAUGGGCUGCUUUCUCUUUGGCUUGCCAUUGGGUGUCAUCAGUAUCAUGUGCUAUGGAAUCUACACAGCUGACACAGAUGGAGGUUACAUAGAAGAGCGAUACGAAAUAGUAUCUAAAAGUGAAAUGGAAAGUCAAGAACAGGUAGAAGAGAGCAAAGAGCAACAGGAGCCAAGGGAGGGAGGAUCUCUAGUGCCUACUGUGCAAGAGCCCAAGGAUGUAUUAGAAAAGAAGACAGACUGAGACUUUACAAGCAUAAAAUAUUUGAUAGGGUUACAAAUUAUUACAGAGUCUAUUUAUUGAAUUUAAGAGAUUUAAUUAUAAUCUUUACAGAAGAGGACAUGUUAUUUGUAUUUUGCUAAUAUAACUGCAUGGAUUAAAGUAGUCUUUCCAUAAAUGUGGAGGUGUUUGGAGCAAAGAGAUGAUGUUUGUGUAAAACAAACAAAACCAAAUUACUCCAUCAGGGUUUCCCUAGUAGGUAUUAUUAUAACAGAUUAGUUCUAUUUGCAUGUUUCUCUAUCUGAAUAUUCUGUGGCAAAGUCAAUAUUUUGAGGCAGAAUGUUCAAAUGGCCAGUCAGGUAGAAGAUUCAUGUUUGAUACAGAAAAACAAUACUUCCACUUCCUACUGCCUUCCAUUCUCAUAUUUUGGCUAAUAUUUAGAUGGAAAAAAUUAAGUCUUUAAAAUGUAGGCACUUUAAGGAGAACUUGUAACUUUUUCCAUGUAUCAAAUUAAGAUUAUGAGGUUAAAAUACUGUAUUGUGGUUUUAUAUAGCAUAGUGACUUUAUUUUAUUAGUUAUUUUUAAAACAGAGAAAAUGUUACUUUAUAACUUUAUACUCCAUUGCAUUACUAUAGAAUUUUCAUAUGGGCCUAUAUAGUUGGGGGAAAAGCUUUGUGAUUGACCUUUGUAAAGUAAGCAGGGUGUACUGGGAGCAGUGGUUUCAGCUCAUGCUCUGAAGUACUCUAACCAGGCAUCUCAUCGAUCAUUGCAGGAAGAAAACAUCUCUGUUAAUUCUACCUUGCUUUAGCCAGAGCAACCUAGUUUUUUUUGUUUGUUUCAUUUUUAUAUAUUGACAUUUCUUCUAAAAUUUCCCUUGAUGAAAGAAAGCAUUUGCAUUUUGAAAAGUAGUAUAUAUCGUACUUUUGUCUAUGGUACAAAAACUUCAUAGUAAUUAAGUCCAAAAUAUGUAUGUUAUGUACACAUAGGAAAUUUAUCAUCACACUCUGUUAACUAAUGCCAUAGCAUGUCUGUUCUAAUAAUGAGUGAUAAGUGAUACAUAAAUCAGCACAUCAAGUGGCAGACAUCACAUCCAAUCAAAGGAACAGUUUGUUGUGUUACGAGUUUUUUUUAGACUUCAUAUUAAUAAGUUUAGACUUUUUAUUUGAUAACUUAUUCAGGUAGCUAUUCAGGUAGCCUUGAAUAACCUAGUCACCCAUUGUGAACAAUUUUAUUGAACAUUGAAAAACGUUUAGUCAUUUUAAAAUUAGGUCAUUUAUGUCCUGACAUUUAAGUUAUUUAGGGCUUGGUUGCCCCAGGGCAGGUUUUAGUUCCUUUUUGAUGCCGUCCUAAUCAGGACAAUCCUAAAACUAUUAUAUCUUCAUUGCUAAAGAAUUAAUAAUUUUAUCAUGUCCAUGUAUUCUUUAUUUAAUAAUUAAAUAUCCAUUCUUAAUAUUUGACCUAUUCCCAUCAUUAAUUUUAAUGAAACAAAUAUGAAGCACAGAGAAGUCAAGUGAAAACUGGAAGGUAAAUGUGGUUAAUUUAGCAGGUACAUUUCUCUCCAAAAAAUAACAAGGGAUUUGGGAAGAAGAUAAGUAUGGUAUUAAUGUUCCAGGUGGUCAAGCUUGUCUUACAGUAGGAAAAGGCUUGGAGAAAUACAGAUUCUUCCCUUAAGACUCAUGUACCAAAAGAUUAAUGGGCACAUGUUGAGAAAUAUACACAGAAAAGAGUAUACACAAGGUUUUGAACAGGAAAUAGUUACAGAAAAUGCAAUUGAUAUGUUUUUCUUCAUGUUUAUCAAUUUUUAAUUUGCACAUUUUGUCUUAUCAGUCAUAACCUGUAAAUAAGAUUUCAUUGGGAAAAAAGUAAACCUCAGUGCAUUCGAUAAACAGAAACUCAGCAGUCAUCCUUUGUAUUCUUUGAUACCAUUUUAAACAGAUGAAUCCCUUGUUCCCUGUUAACCUGUUCACAACUCUGUACUUUUGCCUCAUGUUCUGUUUGUACUUUUAAAGUAUGUUUCUUGGGAAAAUAAAAUGUAUAGGUGGUUUAUAAAUGAAUAAUUUUAUUUCUUCCGUUUUGUAUUAAAAUUUUGUUUCUUAAUUGUUUCUAUUUUGGAAUUAUUAUUUUUUUACACUGUCAGAUUGCUCACCAAACACAUUUUUACAGUUCAUUAUUAUGCUUUUCCCUUCAGUGUUCCAUCAGAGCUUUACUCUGAAUGCAGUUUUCAGGGAAAAUUACUUCAAAAUAAAAGCAGAGAUCUCUCUGUUUUAGAAGAACAUUAUUUUAAGGCAGUGGUGAAGCUCAUGGUCAAUGUUGAGAUCCUUUACGAAAAUUAAGUUCCAUUUUCUUUUUUUAUUGAAACAAAGUUCUCUAGUUUCUAAAACUCAGAGUUCCAGAUCCUUAUUGUUGCUCAGUCUGGUAUUUAAGGAUAUUUAAGGAUAUUUCACAGUCAAUAUUUAAGGGUAUUUCUCAGAGAAAGUACUUGUUUUUAUCAGUUAUGCUUUGUACCAUAUGUUAGCUUACAGUCCUCUCAUUUCAUUGUAUGUGUCAACAUUUUUGUAGCUAUUCAACUUCUUUGAGGAAUAUUAGAGAUGAAAUUUUCAUUUGCUUAAAUGUAGUGCUUUCUGGUAUCUGGUUUGUAAAUAACAUCAAGAUGCCAAAUAUUUAGACGCUGAACUAAUGGUGUAUAUGAGUAGUUAACACACUUACCUGUAUUGUUUGUGUUCAUUGGAUUUAUAUUGUUAAUGAUAUUUCUUGGAUUUGGGGCUAAUUUGGUUUUGAUUUUACAAGAGAUAAAUAGUUUCAUAGUUGAUUCAUAUGACAUGGUAGGACAAGGGAAGAAAAUUAUUCAAUUGUUAUUAUGCAGAAAUUGCUCAGUUAAACCAGUGAGGAGUAUUGAGACUAUCAAUUGAUGGGAUUAUGUUUGUCAUUUUUAUUUUUACAAAUAUAUAUUUUUUCCAAAUGUGUCUGAGUCCAAGCAUGGGCAAAAAAUAAUUUUCUACUUUGGGAUAAUGUAUAAAGUUUUUUAAAAGUCUGUAUAACUUAUGGAAUUCAUGAUACCCCGCCUUAGGGCAUUAAUUGUAAACCUUUGUUUUUUUCUAAAAUAAAUAAUUGCAAAUGUA